CGCUUCGAUCCGAUGGAGAGAGAACCUUCUUUCUCAAACAAAGAUUUGCUUUGUCCUUUAUGCUGUCAGGUUUUUACCAUUCCUGUUCUCCUAAAAUGUGGGCAUAACGCUUGCAAAAUGUGUUUGCUAAAGCUGUGGGAUUCGGUUGGGAACCGCGAAUGUCCCAUGUGUCACACAGUGUCCAUCUCUGCGAGGCCUCCAAUUGAUCUGGCUUUGAAAAAGGCUGCUGAUGCCUAUCGAGUGCAAGCAAAGAGCAAGACUGAAGGCUUCUGUGUUCUACACAACGAAAAACUGAAGUUUUUCUGUCACAAGGAUGAAGAGCUCAUCUGCCUCAUCUGUCAGACAUCAAAACAGCAUAAAAUUCAUGAUUGCAGUCCAGUGGAGGAGGCCUACCUUCAAAAAAAGAGAGAAAUUUCAGCAAAGCUCGAGUCCUUGCAGAAAACUUUGCAAACGCUGAACAAGACAAAGGAGCAAUGGAAUGAAACUAAAGAGCACAUAAAGACACAAGCAGACGAAAACGAGGAAGUAAUAAAAGAAGAGUUUAAGAAGUUACACAACUUUCUUUGGGAGGAGGAAAAGACCAGACUGAAGAUGCUCAGACAGGAAGAGGAUGUUAAGAACAAGGUGAUGUGUAAGAAGCUGGAAGAUAUUGAGGAUCAGAUCAGAAAGCUAUCUUCCAUCAUCAGUGACACCAAGACUGCACUUCGAUCAGAGGAUUUACCUUUUUUACAGGACUACAAGCACAUAUCGAAGAGGACCAAAUGCAACAUUCAUGAGCCAGAGUGCAUCAGAGAUAUUUUGAUAGACUCUGCGAAGCAUUUGGGAUCACUCAAGUAUGAAGUUUGGAAGAAGAUGGUUCGCAUUGCUCAGUAUGUUCCCAUUACUUUUGAUCCAAACACGGCCCAGUCCAACUUGAAAUUCUCUGAAGAGCUGACAAGUGUGCAGUACAGCAGUAAGCUGAUCCUACCCGACAACCCUGAACGCUGCACCAGCCGCAUGUGUGUACUGGGAGCAAAUGGCUUCACUUCAGGGAAGCACAGCUGGACAGUCGAGGUCGGCCAGAGCAAAGAAUGGCACAUUGGAGUGGCCAGAGAGUCCAUUAAAAGGAAGAAGAAUGUCUUUCUCGACCCUUGUGAGGGGUUCUGGGUAAUUGGUCUGUGUAAUGGGAACACAUACUCAGCUCAGAUGUCUCUUCGCAUCAAACUAAUGGUGAAGAAAAAGCCUGAGAAGAUCACUAUACAGCUGGACUAUGACAAAGGAAAGAUAGUGUUCAUCGACGCUGAAGAUCUGACAAUAAUUCACACAUUCAAAGACAAAUUUACUGAGCGGAUAUUUCCGUAUUUCGCCCCUAGUUUGUAUGAGGGGAUAAACUCCAGCCCAAUGACAAUCUGUCCUAUGACAGUUACAACUGAUGUCAAAUAAGUACAAUAAACAUCUUUGUCGCACAUU